UCGAGGAGAAAGCAGCGACAAACGUCGCAAGCGAAUCCGAUAUCGCCUCGAAAUUCCUCGGAUUUACAGAAUAUUCGGUGAAGUAACUUGUAUAUAGUUUGUAUAUCCCUUCACCUUGUGAAUGAAAUUGUAUUUAACGGUUUUCAAGCGCGACUCUCCACCUUAAUGCGGUGGGAUGGCUACAGUGCCGACUGGGCCUAGUAGCGCAUUGCCUGCAUCCCCGGCUGAAAUUACUCCCUUCCCCGGGGGUAGGAGCGUGGAGCCGGGGGGAGACGAAGAGCCAGGCUGCGACAGGGACGACUCUGGAACCGCCGGGACGGGGAAGACCCCUCAGGUCACCGAGGUCAAACGGUCAGUCAAGAAAAAGCAGAAAAACAUGCUAUCACAUGCUAACCCGACGGCGCUACACCUCAAAAUGCAGCCCCAGGAGCAGCAGCAGCUGAACGGCUUGUUGGUCAGCCCCUCGGAGGACGAUGACAGCCACAGCCGCCAGCAGCACACAGGAAGCCGGCCUGACAAUCCGAGACCGUCCACGGAGAACUGUGACAGCAGCGGCGAGGGCAGAAACAAUAGUGAGCGCUGCCAGCACGAAGGCCACAGCCCCUUUUCAGAAAACGGCAGCCACCCUCUCUUGAUUAACAAUAGCAUGAACGGAGUGCCGGCUAUCACAAGAACUGAGGCAGGGCAAAGCCAAGCCGAAACCGGAGAGCACCCCGAGGACGAGAGGAAAGGAGAGAGCGACCCGACGGAAGCGCCGCGACCACCGGGCGAGCCGCCGGACCAGCCGGGCGAGGAGGCGGCCCGGCCCGGUGGGGAAGCCCACCUGGAGCCGCCUGUGGCAGAGCUGGCCCGGCUUGACCUGAAGAGCUCGCCCGGCAGAGUGGAGGGGGAGAGCCACGGCAUUCAUUACGUCCGCUACGAGUCCGAGCUGCAGAUGCCAUGGAUCAUGAGACUGAUCACCAAGGACUUGUCCGAGCCUUAUUCAAUUUAUACUUACAGGUACUUCAUCCACAACUGGCCGCAGCUCUGCUUUCUGGCCAUGGUGGAGCAGGAGUGUGUCGGAGCCAUCGUGUGUAAGCUGGACAUGCACAAGAAGAUGUUCCGCCGCGGCUACAUCGCCAUGCUGGCUGUGGACUCGAAACACAGAAGGAAAAGCAUCGGUACUAACUUGGUGAAGAAGGCCAUCUAUGCCAUGGUGGAGGGUGACUGUGACGAGGUUGUGUUGGAGACGGAGAUCACCAACAAGUCGGCCCUGAAGCUGUACGAGAACCUGGGUUUUGUCAGAGACAAGCGGCUGUUCAGAUACUACCUGAACGGUGUGGACGCACUGCGGCUCAAACUGUGGCUUCGCUAGAGGAAAGAAAAGGGGACGGGGGAGGGCGGGACAGUGGGUGCUGCUCACCUCUUAGACUAUCAGCUUGACAGCCUCAGCUCUGCCCCGGUCAUUUCACUCUUAUACACACACACACACACACACAACCACACAUACACACACGCACAGUACACAUACACCUGUGUACAAACAUGAGAGUAUGCACAUAGGUAUGCAUAGACAAGCGCAAACACACCCUAUAUUUUGUCCUUGACCUCUUUGAACACCUCUCGUCGAGGCUGAAAUGGACAGGAAUCCCACCAGAUGUUUCCAUGAAGGGGCCCUUUGGUAGUUUUUGGACUUUGCAAUGAGGAAGGAGGCAAGUGAGGGCGGUCUCUGGGAUGACCGUGACUGGGACUUGAUGACCUUUUUCGAGCUUCAAGCUUGUGCUCCAUACUGACCAGGAGGGCGAGGUGUGAGGACACGAGUCCGAGUCGCAGCAGACGGGGCGCCUCUCCGACUCGUCCUGCGGAACACAGGGAAAAAAACAACAACAACAACAACGGACAAAAGUAAAAACCAACACCAAGUGAAACAAGGAAGCGGGGUGGUAAAAAAAAAACAGACUGGGAAGAAAAUAUUCAUGGAGUUUAUUUUUGUGUUUCUUUUUUAACCUUGUAAGUUAGACUUUGAGGGGGGGAUGGAAAAGCUAUAGUGUGACUGCGUGUUUGCACCGCCUCGUGUUUUUCAGAAAGUGAGCAUUUUUUUUUUGGCCUGUUUUUUGUGUGCUUGUGUAAGUGAUGUAAUGGGUUUGACUCUGAGUGAGGGAGCAUGUGUGUGUGUGUGUGUG